UCCUGUGAUAUUGUGACAACCUCCCCUGCCGCCCAUUCUAAGUCUUUUGGCUGUGAUACUUGCGUGUCUCUCCCGACGUCUUGCUGGCAGAAGCUCAAAGUGCUGUUAUAGCCUGGUCCAAGAUGGGUGUUGAGGAGGGCUUUCAGCCGAUACCAUACUUGGAGGGAAAUCCUUACACUACGGAUCCAGCCCUUCCUGGUCUGCUCAAGAGGUUAUUGCCUCCCAGUGUAGCUGCCGAGGUCGAGCCAGAUCUAGUACGUUUUGGAGACGAAGUUAUCACAUCUAUACGCGCCAUUAGUGAACGGGUUGCACCUCCUCGAUUAACCCAGUACAAUCAUUGGGGCCAACGCGUUGAUGUCCUCGAAACGUCUGAAGGGUGGAGAGAUCUGAAAGCAGUCUGCUUCAAGGAAGGCAUGCCCGGGAUCUUUUAUGAGCGCAAGUAUAACGAAUACAGUCGUCUGUAUGGAUUCGCCAAGAUACAUCUCAUGGCAGGAGAUUCACAUGUGAUACAUUGUCCAAUGAGUAUGACAGAUGGGUGUGCACGAGUUCUUGAAUUGAUCGGAACCCCGGAAAUGAAACGAGAGUUGCUUCCACGUCUGAUCAGUCGGGACCCUUCUACUGCUUUCACCUCUGGGCAAUGGAUGACAGAGCGGCCAGGUGGCUCCGAUGUCUCUUUGACCGAAACCACAGCUACUCCCACCGAGCACGCCAAGGGUACUAUGUGGCCAGAGUUUCAGUUGAAUGGGUUCAAGUGGUUUUCUAGUGCGACGGAUAGCAACAUCUCGGUCGCUUUGGCACGAACCGGGGACACCAAGGAUGGUUCUCGUUCUCUGUCACUCUUCCUUGUUCCCCUUCGCCUACCUCUCAUUCGUGAUAUAUCCUCCCCCGAACCUUCACCUAUCAGCAAUGGCAUAUACGUUCAUCGCCUUAAGAAUAAGAUUGGCACCCACAUUGUUCCUACCGCGGAGCUAUCUCUACAAUCUACCAAGGCUUACCUUCUUGGAGAGCUCAAUCAAGGGGUGAAGAACAUCAUCCCGGUACUCAACAUCACGCGCAUUUAUAGCGGUAUGUCUGGUAUAGGAGGCAUACGCAAAUGCCUGGCCAUCGCCACUACCUACUCGCAGGUCCGAGCGAUCCGCAGCGGAACCCAAGUCCUCAAGGAUAACGCACUUCACGUCGCACAACUGGCUUCCAUAAGCCUGACGUACAGAGCGCUCACGCAUCUCACUUACGGGACUAUUUUGAUGAUGGGCAAAGUUGAGACGGGGGUUGCGUCUGUAGAAGAGCAACAUCUGCUUAGGAUUUUGACUGCAGUGGUGAAAGCAUUUACAGCUGAGAAGGCAGCUGCCGCCAUGGAAGAGGCCAUGACAACUCUGGGAGGGAUGGGGUAUAUGGAGGAAGUUGGUAUUGGAAGAUCCAUCCGAGACGCAUUAGUGGAAAAAAUAUGGGAAGGAACUACAGCCGUCCUAGCCAUGGAAAUAGUACGGUCUGCGAAAAACCCGACUACGUUUGCGGCGUUUGGUUCGUGGAGCUUGCGAGUCAUCGACUCUGUUCCUGACAGCUUGAAAGUACGACUUCAGCACUCGCUCAGCAUUCUUCAAGCUGGCAUUCAACAGACUCUAGCUGUUUAUAAAGCAUCGACUGAUAUGUCGCCGUUGGUACCCCGCCCCGCACUACUUCUGGUAGGCCAUACGGCCUCCAGUGUGUUCCUUCUCGAACAUGCUGUGUGGUCAUGGAAUACGAAGGAUACCGAAUGUGAGACAGACGUAGAAGUUUUCCGACGAUGGGUUGUGGAGGGUGGACUAUCGGGUGUGAUGGAAGAAGUGCGCAUUGCCCAGGAAGCGGUCAAAUCUCGCAUUGCGACAAACCGCUCAAUAACAUACGGAUCUAAACUAUAGGGAUGACGUUGAGUCUUACCACUCGAAUUACACCGUUUCUCUCUGAUAUUACUUAUACAUGUUAUAAAAUUUGAUCUGAUGCUACAUCAACAUGAGUGCGUACCAGCCGUGAUUUCGAUGAUAAUACAGGUGUAAGUAUACGUCAUAAAAGCGAUCAAGAUGAAUGCGGCACGAUGUGACAUCUGGGAUUUGCGCGUAAGUAAAUAGAGUCAGAGCUGUGGAUCUUCAACUUACCCUAACAUACCACGACCUCCCCAACCCUUCCUCGGAGUGAACUUGAGAGUAGUCAGUUCACCGGAACGGAGCACCUUGACUUGCAGUUCACGCUAUAAACAGUCCGAGUCAGUGAUCCACACCGGGCCAGGACACGGACUUACAUUUUCACUCAUAGCUACCAGCUCGGCAAGCGGCUGCAAAGACGAUGAGCUGAAAGA